AUGAAUGUCGACACAAUCCCCGACUUUCUCGGAGAGCAACGUGAUGCUGCGCCAGCAGACCUUCAACACCUUUUCUUAUCCUUCGAAGAUCUCUGGGAAAAGAAGCUGUGGCAUCAACUGACAGAUACCCUCGUUGAGUUUUUCAAUCACAAAGAAAGCGCUUCCCAACGAUUACCAAUAUAUAAGACAUUCAUCCUCACAUUCGCCGAUAAGAUCAAUCAGUUGAAGCUUGUUACUCUUGCUUUAAGCGCUGCUUCACAGUGUAAAGAUGGUUCAGAGCGCCUGUCAUUCCUAGAGGCAGUAGCAAAGAAAGUCGAUAAUCCCAAUUCCCAAGAUGCAUACGUCUACGCAACAGUGGCUGUAGCCACCGUCAAAUUAGAAUUACAAGAUCAGGAUGGGGCAAGAAAAGAUUUGGAUAAGUCAGAGAAGAUAUUAGAUGGGUUUGACUCUGUGGAGACGAUCGUACAUGCUGCAUUCUACCGGGUUAAUGCAGAGUACUAUCAAUCCAAAUUGGAGUUCGCAUCAUAUUACAAAAACGCUCUGCUAUACCUAGCUUGUAUCGACCUUAACGACCUCACCCCAUCUGAGCGCAAAAGUCGAGCCUACGAUCUGAGCAUCGCAGCUCUUGUAUCCGAUACUAUCUAUAACUUUGGUGAACUUCUUCUUCACCCCAUCCUCGAUACCCUCGUUAAGGACGACGCCUGGCUCCGAGAUCUUCUUUUCGCUUUCAACCGUGGUGACCUUGCUGCCUACGAUGUUCUCUCCGGUCACAUCUCCUCUAACCCCCUACUCGCACAACACCGCGAUGGACUCAAACAAAAGAUUUACCUCGCUGCCCUCACCGAAGCCGUUUUCCGCCGCCCUCCUCAUGACCGUGCCAUGACCUUCCGCACGAUCUCCGAAGAAACUAAAGUUCGCCCGGACGAAAUUGAGCAUUUAAUUAUGAAGGCUUUGAGUUUAGGGUUGUUACGAGGAAGCAUCGAUCAAGUUGAUGAAAUCGCGCGUAUUAACUGGGUACAGCCUAAGGUGUUGGACAUGGGUCAAAUCGAGGGUAUGCGUACACGACUAGAGGAAUGGGAUUCCAGUGUCAACUCACUGGGCAACUGGAUCGAGUCCAAGGGUCAGGACGUGUGGGCAGCAUGA